UGCGUGUGCGUGUGCGUGUGUGGUGUGUGCUUCGCCUAAACUCCCCGUAUGCAUUACGCAAACUCCCGUAUAACAAUUAGGCCUAAGAUGAAACGAACAAGAAGAGCCAAAUAUGAAGAGGAGACAACUAAAGGACAAAAAGUUGCAUCGGACGAUACGACAGAUGACUCUGAUUCUCUUUCAUCUGUCGAUUCAUUUCCAGUUGAGGAUUCUAUGCUGGCAAGAAGCCUGAACGAAUUUACUCCGUCAAUUGCAGACUCGUUUACCAUUCCUAAGGAAACUGCUUCAACCAUAUCACAACAGCAUGAAGGAAAUUGUGGAAAAGAUGCUAUCAUGACUAGGUCAAAAACAGGUACUAGACAGAAUCAACAGAGAUCAGGCAAGAUGGCUACUCAAGAGGGUGUCUUCAGUAAGCCGAAAGCUGCCAAAAAGGGAAAACGGAGAAAGCCAAGAUUACUAAUAAAGAAGACUGCUGUUCAAAGUGCACAAGAUGGUGUUGGUACUUCAAAAGAAGUUGCUAAGGAACAGAGACUACGCAAAUCAAGAAAGUCUACUUCAAAAGUUUCAGUAAAGGAGCAAGACUCGGUUGCUGAUAGUCUUGAUGAACUGGAGUCUGGAAGCGAUUGUGAAGUUUCCAAAGUCACCUCUACUAUAGCAAGGAAAUUGAAUGGUACAGCAGGGAAUGAAGCUUUUCUAGAAAUGGAUGAGGAUUUAUUGACAGCAUACUUUACAAGUCAUACUUCGUCUAAGGUACACGGGACAUCUGACAAUACACUUGACAAGUUGUCUAUCCCAAGACUGGAUCGACAGACAGUUUCUGCAUCUCUUGCAUCAGUAUUGUCCCAUUAUGAAAAAGAAAAGGCAGCUCUGCUGGACACCUACUCUUGUCUCUUUGAUCAGUGGAUGCUACAACUUCAGAAUGGGUUUAGCAUCAUUGUAUUUGGAUUUGGUUCUAAGCGAUCUGUCUUGGAUCAGUUCAGAAAGGAGAAGCUACAAGACAAACAUAUCCAUGUUGUGGUGAAUGGGUAUUUUCCUGACUUGACUCUGAAAGAGGUAUUGUGUCAAGUAUCUCUUGGGUUGCUUCAAAAGAGUUUGCCUUAUAGCAAUCCAAUGGCGUAUUGUCAAAAAAUCAAGGAUACUGUUCAAAACUCGAAAGUUCUUCAGCAUCUCUUUCUGCUAAUUCACAAUAUCGACGGUCCAAGAUUACGAACAAACAAGGUUCAGACAGUGCUGAGCCUAUUGGCAGCAUUACCAUUCAUACACCUGAUCGCAUCACUCGACCAUGUGAAUGGCCCAUUGUUGUGGAAUCAAGUAACAGCCGAUCGCUUCAACUGGUUAUGGUAUGACACCACAACAUUUGAAGCAUAUCACGAGGAAACGUUAUAUGAGAAUUCACUCUUGGUUCAAAGUGAUCAAUCCUACACUGUCACAUCUGUCAAACACGUACUCGAUAGCCUAACACCGAAUGCCAGAUCAAUUUUCCUACUGCUCUGUAGAUAUCAACUUGAACAUGUGAAAGACUCGUUCUAUAUUGGUUGGUCAUUCAAUGCUCUGUACAAAGCCUGUCGAGAGAAUUUUCUUGUAAACACUGAUGUGACUCUAAGAUCGCAGUUGACCGAAUUUCGCGAUCACAAACUCAUUCAGUCAAAAAAGGGACCUGAUGGAGCCGAGAUGUUGUAUGUGUCUGUAGCACAGUCAGUUGUCAAACAAGUUGUUGAUGACUUCCAAUGAAGGUUGUUGUAAUACUGAGCACUUGACAUACAUUUCUCUUGUUUAUAAAGAAAAAGUGGUAUCGGAACAAUUAUAUGCGAAUAUCAAGUGUAAAAUAUUUCAAUUGACAGUUUGACAAGAGAUAGGACUGGAUCGUUACAGCCUGUGGACAUCUUUUGAUUUUGAUGGGUUAGUAUUGCCCUUUCUGACCAGUGUGCAGCAAGAGGGAUUUUGGUACCUCUGGUUGCUCACUCACUGGCCAUGGUUGCACUUGCCUUUGAAUUACCACAGUCCAACAAGGUUCUGUUGCACCUUCUUAGAUAGUUCUUUUGUUGCCAUGGCAUUUUCACUCUUGUGUACUAAAAAAUCUGACUAUCAGUGCUCAAGGCAGAAACUUUACUGUUUGUGUCCAAAUUGCAAAAUCCACCUUCGGUUCUGUCAAUAACCACAGUCACGUCAAUCCAGUGACACCCAAGAGCUAUGUCAGUAUACAAUCAAGGGGUACUGCUGUAGAUAGAAUUGAACCCGCUAGAGUUGUCUGCAACCACAAUUGAGAAAUUUCAAAAAUUAAAUGGACAAAACAGACUUUUUAGACCGUGUUGCAAUUUUAUAUUGCUACCGCUCUUUGUGUCU